AUAAAAAACAAGAUGCAGUUUCGAGAAUUUUUCGACAUUUCGCGGGAAAGUCGCUAAUUUUUCGGCUAAACGCCCCAAAUUCGCCCAUGGCUAUCCAUCUGAAGUUUACAAAUGCCUACUCCUGGGAGGUGCUACAUUUCACAAAUAAUGGAUCCAGUGAGAUUCAUCCCAUUUUCCUGACUUGAGUUGGAUACAGAAAUAUUGGAACUGAUGCUGAAAGCCUAGAUGCAAAGACAGUGUAAAUGACUUCACAAGAAUCCAACAGGAAAGGGCAUCACACGGAAAUGUAUAACAUCCCUGACCUAAUUUUACGGAGGGGUCAGUCUUUUUGGAUAACUCUGGAUUUCGACAGGCCUAUUCAGGAAUGGGAGAGCAUCGUGUUCACUGCACAGACUGGUCCUUUGAAUGCAAAGUUUUACAACAUCAAUGUUGAAUUUGCCCUGUCAAACUCAUGGUCCAGUGGAAUGUGGAGCGCUGUCUUGGAGAGUGCUCCUGGCAAUUCUCUACGAAUUAUAAUGUACAGCCCAGCCAAUGCAGUCAUAGGACGGUACAACCUCACCGUCCAGAUUUCUAUUAUGGGACAUACAUCAACAUAUUCGCUUGGGAAGUUCAUCCUGCUUUUCAACCCCUGGUGCCUCGAUGAUGAAGUGUAUAUGGCUAAUGAAGAUGAGAGGAACGAGUAUGUUAUGAAUGACAAUGGUAUUGUGUUUAUCGGCAGCGAGAAGCAUAUAGCCAACCUCGCCUGGAACUUCGGUCAGUUUGAAAGCAAUAUAUUGAACAUCUGCCUGGAUAUGUUGGACAGAAGCUUGAACUAUCGUAAUGAUCCAGCUGCAGACUGCUCCAAAAGAAACAGCCCAAUGUAUGUGGGAAGAGUUAUUAGUGCUAUGAUCAACAGCAAUGAUGAUUAUGGUGUGCUGGAAGGAAAGUGGGAAAAAGAAUUUUCUGAUGGUGUUGAUCCAAACAGUUGGACUGGAAGUGUAGAAAUUCUUUGGAAGUGGCAAAAGGAAGGCUAUCAACCUGUCAAAUAUGGGCAGUGUUGGGUGUUUGCAGCUGUCAUGUGCACAGUCCUCAGAAGCCUGGGCAUACCAACCAGAGUGAUCACAAAUUUUAACUCUGCCCACAACACCGAUGGAAAUCUUUGUGUCGACUUGCACUACGAUAAUGAUGGAAAGUUCAUGGAGGUUUCUGAUGACAGUAUCUGGAAUUUCCAUGUUUGGGAUGAAUCCUGGUUUUUACGGAAAGAUCUGGGACAGUUCUAUGGUGGUUGGCAGGUCCUGGAUUCAACCCCUCAAGAACAGAGUCAAAAUGUUUAUCGCUGUGGUCCUACGUCCGUUAACGCUGUGAAAGAGGGAGAUGUGCAGCUGCCAUAUGACACUCCAUUUGUUUACUCUGAGGUGAAUGCCGAUCGUGUUACUUGGAUCUGUCACAAAGAUGGCAGAAAGGAGCAGGCCCACAGUGACACCAAAGCCGUGGGCCAAUUUAUUAGCACCAAGGCUGUAGGAAGCAAUGACCGUGUGGACAUCACGCAUAGCUAUAAAUAUCCAGAAGGUUCCCCUAAAGAAAGGGAGGUAUUUGAAAAAGCCAAUCGAAGACUCACUAAUUAUAGAGCACCUGCCGAGAGAUCCUAUGAUGUAAAUAAUACAAGAGACAGAAGAGUAACAAAUGAGGUUUUAAUGGACACUAUAGAAAAUUCAAGGCCACGAUCAAAUACUUUGCCAUCAAGACCAACAACAAAUAUGUUACGCCCAAGACCUACACCAAAUGUAUUGCUUUCCAGACCCAUGUCAAAUUCAGUAGCCUCAAUACCUUCAGCAGUUGACUGGCCACCAAGGCCCAGAUCCAACACAAUACAUGCAAGAGGAGUUGCAAAUGGAUUCCCUUCAAGAUCUACAGAAAGAGUAUAUAAUCCAAGACCACCUGUAAAUACAUUCCCAGAGAGACCUCCACCACUAAAUACAUUCCCAGAGAGACCUCAGCCACUCAAUACAUACCCAGAUAGACCUCAGCCACUCAAUACAUACCCAGAUAGACCUCAGCCACUCAAUACAUACCCAGAGAGACCUCAGCCACUCAAUACAUACCCAGAGAGACCUCAGCCACUCAAUACAUACCCAGAUAGACCUCAGCCACUCAAUACAUACCCAGAGAGACCUCAGCCACUCAAUACAUACCCAGAGAGACCUUCCUUAGAUGGACCAGAUAUUGCUGGAAAAUUCAAGCUCCUUGGUCCACUUUCAAUGGGAGAUGACAUUAAUCUUCUCUUAUCCCUAAAGAACCUCACUACUUACCACAGACAAAUAACAGUAAACCUAAGUGCUUCUUGCAUCCUGUAUACAGGAAGACGAAUAAAUGACAUCUUUCAGGAUCAAAAAUCUCUAAUUGUCAACCCAAGUCAAGAAGGACAUAUAUCUUUGCAAAUCCCAUACUCCCUCUAUGGCAGCUUUCUUGCUGAUGGAAACAUGAUACAGGUGGUUGCCAUUUGUGAUUUACCAUUCCGAAAGAAAGUGGUUAUAACGAAGGAACUUGUCUUGGACAACCCACCCAUAAGCAUCAAGCCUCUAGAGAUGGCAGUACUUAACAAGAAAAUGAACGUGGAGGUUCGUUUUACAAACCCCGUGUCCUUUGUAGUCAAAGACUGUACUGUAGCAGUGGAAGGAGCCGGACUGAUAGAUCGACAACUCACGGCUGUGGUGCCCUACAUCAAACCUAAACAGAAAAUAAAGUUCAAGGUGGAGUUAACCCCAUUCAGGAGUGGAACAAGGCAACUGAUAGUACAUGUUAAAUGUAGACAUUUUUCAAUUAAGGGACACCAGCACCUAACUGUGGUAUCAUUGUAGCUUAAUCCUGUUGGUAUAUCUACAGUAAUUGUAUUACAGAUUCUGCAUUUUCAAUGUUUCCAUAUAUACAGGUUACAUCCCAAACACAAGUUUGCAAAUAAUGGGAGAAAAUGCUGGAUUUAAAGUUGUUUAGCAUUCUACAGUGCAUGGCAAUAAUGGAGAUAAUGUGGCUUGAUACCCAGUAAUGAAGAUUAUAUCCGUAUUUAGUAAAUGUAUUAAGUUCUAUUCAAUCAAAACUGACUUGCAUUAGCAUGCUACUGUAUUAACCAAACCAAUAACAUGUGACACUGUUUAAUAUAAAGAAACAGCACAUCCCAAAUGUUCAUUUCUAUCGGCAGUCAGUCACACUACACAAAUGUCCAUAAAGAUUACCAGCAAUUAAACAUAAAGUCAUAAACUACACCAUUGUACAUUGAACCAAAUCAUACACAGAAACUGAAUGUAAACCAGUUUCAGUAUUCAAUAAUAGACAUUAUUAAGGUAUAUUUAUAAACCCAAAUAAAAAACAGAUAUUCCGUUUUUUCCCCAUUUUGAUCUAGCUUCAAAACUGUCCCAUGGUCUUCAAAACAAAAAAAGUAUCAUUGCUGCACUCUAAACCUGUCUAAACAUGGGCACUUGGUGUCUACUGUAUAUAAAAAUGGCCCUGACCUUGAGAGAUACAUAAUCUGUAGGAAUAUGCACAAAAAGAGUCGGACUGGGGUACCUGGAACUAAAGCUGCACCACCCAGCCACCGCCACUCCCUCUCCGCCCCAGCCAAAGUCGAUCCUGCUCCUCUACUUUCUUUGCUGUUAAAAAUUAAAGAUGGACACUUGUUUCACAGUUGAACGCAUGGCAGUGGAGAGGGGAAUGGUGGUAGGGCCCAAUUGUAUCCUGGUGGGCCAGUCCGACGAUGGUGAAAAAAACAAAGAAUGAAAAAAAAACCUAAGAAUAGUCCUUAAAUUGGUUUGUCUUUAAUUUUUUUUUUCUAACUGAAUUUGUAGUAGUUACAGCAAUUGUAUUCUAGCCAAUUAUUUCCUGGCACCACUUAAUAUCAGACACAAGUGAGUCACUGAGCAUUAGCUUCAUUUUAAGAAUUUAAACCUACAGUAUAAGCUAGUUACAGGACCAAAAGAAUGCUCUUACAUUGUUAAGAACUGAAACUGCCUUUCUGAGUCUCUUUUUAAGGCUGCUAAUUUAUUUUUACAAAAAGCUAAAUAGCACUCUAUUAAUUAUUGAAUAAAGCACUUUUGCACACAUUUGUUAUAACUAUAGCAUUAAAUGUAUAGCUGGGUAUAUUUUUAUUUAACAUGUAUAGGUUUUAUAAUGCAAUAAAUAUAUUCUGCUAA